AUGGGCAAAGACAUGUCCCCGCCACAGGGCGUCACAUCCCUUCUGGACACGGAUCUGUACAAGCUGACGAUGCAAUGCGCGGUCCUCAAAUACUUCCCCGAUGUUUGCGUGACCUACGGCUACACGAAUCGGACCCCGCAUAUGAAAUUGCGUCGCGGGGCAUACAAAUGGCUUUUAGAGCAGAUGGACAAACUGGCCGUAAUUCGCGUCACUGCCGAGGAGCGUGAAUGGCUCCGCCAAAAGUGCCCCUACCUCAACGACGAAUACCUCACCUUCCUAGAGACCUUCCGCCUCAGACCCUCUGAGCAGAUCAAGAUCAAGUUCAUCCCGGAACAAGAUACAGGCAGCGAUGACGAUGAAGGCAAUGUGGAGUAUAUCGUGGAGGGUCUCUGGCUCGACACGAUCUUGUAUGAAAUCCCGCUACUGGCAUUGACCAGCCAGGCGUAUUUCAUGUUCACUGACAAGGACUGGGACUAUGCGAACCAGGAAGAGAAGGCAUACCGGAAGGGUUGCACUUUGCUCCAGAAUGGCUGUGUGUUCUCUGAAUUCGGCUCGCGCCGUCGCCGCGACUACCACACCCAGGACCUGGUUAUGAAGGGACUCUCCCGUGCGGCAGAGGAGGGAAAGAAGCAGGGCUGGCCCGGUGUGAUGAUCGGGACUAGCAAUGUGCACUUUGCUAUGAAAUACAAUACGGGUGCCGUCGGUACCGUGGCACACGAAUGGUACAUGACCAUUGCUGCUAUCACGGACGACUAUGAAAAUUCCAAUGAGUUGGCGUUGAGUUACUGGCUUGGCUGUUUCGGAGAAGGGGUUCUUGGAAUUGCUCUCACUGACACCUUUGGCACGCCGGCGUUCCUGGAUGCGUUCAGCAAGCCUAUUUCAGCACCAAAUGGAAAGGGUGAUGUUAAGCCGAACACGAUAACCUACGCUCAAAGCUACGCCGGUGUCCGCCAAGAUUCGGGCGACCCAACGUUCUUCGUCAAGAUGGUCCGGGACUUCUACGAUAGCCAGGGUAUUACCGACACCAAGACAAUAGUGUUCUCGGAUUCGCUGAAUAUCGAGCACUGUCUGGAGUACAAAACAAUUGCCGAAGAGGCAGGCUUCCAGCCUACAUUUGGAGUGGGGACGUUCUUCACCAAUGAUUUUACCAGCAAAUCAACCGGACAAAAGUCCAAGCCCCUCAACAUCGUUAUCAAGAUCGCCACUGCGAACGGCCGUCCCGCUGUCAAGCUUAGCGACAAUAUGGGCAAGAACAUGGGUGUAUCUGCCAAGGUCCAGGAAGUUAAGAAAAGGCUGGGCUACGUUGAGCACGAGUGGGAAGAGGGUGACGAGAGUCACCGCUGGACGAAGCAGGCAUAG